GACCACAUCUGAAUACUUCUCCUGAAAGAUAACAAGGGGCUUAGAAUGAGAGGUCGACCGGAGAUAGGAACUGGCCAAUGUCCUAUGACUAUUUGAAAUGCUGUAGCUUUUUAUUUUUCAUGGUUUAUUUAUGCAAGGGUGUUUCCAAUGUACCAAAUAAAGCCAAAGUGACCAACCGCUUGUCACUUAUAUCGAAAAAUUACCAUGUUUGGUGUCUCAGCCGCAUAUUCCAAAUGCUACGCUAUAAGAAUGAUUCCAGACAGUGCCACUUGGCCAUUAGUCCCUCUAUACUUCCAUUGUCUAGUCCUGUGGAGAAGGUAGUUACCCCUCAAGGUAAAAUGCCCAUCAACACAGUUAUUAAGGAGCCAUGUGGUUACACUGUCUGGGUCCAGCCUGUUUGUUGCGGUAUUGUAGCCUUGUCACUUAACAACAUCAAUAUUCUUGCUCCGACACAAAAGGAGCAGGCGGACGAUAAGCUUCAGUGGGGUGAGUGCGUGGUGGCCAAGUAGAGGAGCCGGGAGCUCAACAAAAGCAGCUGUACAUUCAAGCAGCCCGAGUCACAGACACACCAUUCACAUGACGACAAGCAGCCCCGUGUCACAGACACACCCUUCACAUGACGACAAGCAGCCCGAGUCACAGACACACCCUUCACAUGACGACAAGCAGCCCGAGUCACAGACACACCUUUCACAUGAUGACAAGCAGCCCGAGUCACAGACACACCUUUCACAUGACGACAAGCAGCCCGAGUCACAGACACACCCUUCACCUGACGACAAGCAGCCCGAGUCACAGACACACCCUUCACCUGACGACAAGCAGCCCGAGUCACAGACACACCUUUCACAUGACGACAAGCAGCCCCGAGUCACAGACACACCUUUCACAUGACAACAAGCAGCCCGAGUCACAGCACCCACACACAUGCAUGCAUGAGGGAUUACAGGGAAAGGGUUGUCAAGUUUUUCUAUGAAGGAAAAGUUUCGUUGGGGCCGUUUUUCCAGUCGCAGUUACCUUUGGCACAUUACAGGUCUAUGUUUGGAACAGAGCAGUGGUGCCAGAAACAAAGGAAUAGGUCACAUGAUCGACCUGACAGGUUUUCUCUUGAUUUUUAACUGUUAACAUCAACUUUUUAAAUAGAAAAAGAGAAGAUUAGUGCUGGAAUAGAAAAGUUCACGUAAUGUAAAUUCCAUUUUGCUUUCUAGGCCAAUUAAAGUAGCAGAUAGGUAUUGAACUUCAUUUUGUUACAAAAAAGUUAUAAAACAACGUUAGUACUUCUCUAUUGUCAGGGUAUUUCAUCUUUCUGAAAUGAUUCACUGAACAGUGAUACAACCAGAGAAUUAGGCUGCUUUUCCAUGACAUUCCACCAACCCACCCAAAAAUAAACAAUAAAAAAAAGAAAAGAAAAAAAGGUUCACAGACUGUGAACCCGGUAGCGCCCUCCCCUGCAUGAGAAUGCAUGAAGCCCAUUGGGCAACGUGUUCCUAGACUAGCACAGUAGCCUCAGCACCUGGGGCGUGUCCAGCACGGUACAACACAGCCCAGCGAUGUGCUGCUGAAAAAGAUCCCGUGUGAUCAGGACAAGAUGGUACCACCUCUCCCUCGGACUCGCUCUGUAAGUGGGUUCCUGAUGAGUCCUCGCGGAUCUCAAGAGCCGUUGUCCAUUCCGGGCAGGUCAUGACAAACCACAGGGGCCACCUCAAUCUGCUGACUACACAACUAAGCACUCCCACUGGCCAGUAAUUAGGGCAGAGAAAUCACCAACUUCUCCCUCUCUACCUUUCCCAGAAGAACCAAACGUAAGUGGCCCUCUGACGGUGCAGUAACUACUUCACUUCAAAAGUUUUCCUGAGGCAAGUCUUGGCUUCCCCAUGCAGCCCCAGCCGAACAGGCUUGUCUGUUUAAAACAUCUAUCUGUUCAGCAGCAGAGCAGUCGCACACUGUCUUACAGCUGCUGGCACUGUCCAGAGAGCUUAGGAAAGAGUGGAAAAUAUUUGGCCUUGCAAAUCGCCUGCAAACCACUGUGUUGAGCCCAUUGAGUUCUUUCACUCAAGGUAGGCUAACAUCCAGUUAUGCGGCAGCUGUGUGUUAUCGUCAGCCUGUGGUUGCUGGUGUUGCUGAGCCUAGCCCAGAGCCAGGACCAGGACCGGCUGGCGGGGGUUACCCGGGGGAGGAGGAGGCGGACAGGGCACGGGAGACCCAGGGAAGGGCACCCCUCUCAAGCCCUGACCCGCACAGGCAGCCUCCCUCUCAACCACGGAGAAGAGGGUGGUACGUCUAUCUUCAUAGAGUCUUACAGAAGUGUUAGGGACCCACAGACCAACUACAAUGUCAUUCCAGGAAAGCAGGGUCAGUGUGUGUACCAGGGCAUCACCAUGUUCAACAAGGCUGUGUGGUCCCCCAAGCCCUGUAUCACCUGUAUGUGCAGCGGUGGGGAGGUGGUCUGCGAUGAGGUCUCCUGUCCCACAAUGCACUGCCACUUCCCUUUCAUCCCCACUGGAGAGUGUUGCCCCGUCUGUAUGGACGCAGCCCCUGAUCUGCCUGACUUCUCUGGCGAUUCCCCAGUGCCAAACGACCCCAGCGACCCCAGCCCGGACCCCGCGGCGCCCCACACCCAGGCCGAGAUCAACGUCAUCCUCAAGAGAGAGGAGGAGGAACACCGGGCGGAAGAGGAGCGCCUGCUGAAGAAGGACGCCGAGCGCAAGAGGCGGAGGAAGAAGCUCAAGAAGGAAGAGGCGGAGAAACAGAGGCGGCUUGAAGAGGAGAGACGAAAGGAGGAAGAUGAGCUGCGGGCGACGCUGGCGAAAGAGGAGGCGAGGAGGCAGGCGGAGGAGGAGAGGAGGCUGGAGGAGGAGGACCGGAGGCUGAGGGAAGAGGCAGAGGCCGCUGCGAAGGAGAAGGAGAGGCAGGUAGAAGAGGAGAGGAUAAGACAUAAACUGAACCUGAUGGAGAAGUUGAGAGCACUUGAGGAGGAAGAGGAAGAGGAGGAGGAGGAAGUGUGGCUGAGAGGAGAUGUUUUCCAAAUGCCUCCAAAGGUGGCAGAGGAGAGCAUCCAACCAAUCCCUGCUCCCCCUGAGGAACAUCAUGGGGAUGUUGAAGAGGAGGAGGAGGAGGGCCAAGAAGAGGAGAUAGAGACGAUGUCACCAAGAGCCGGCCUUCCGCCCGGCUGUGACAUUUCUGAUGUCAUCGUGACUUGUGAGAAUGCCAAGCUGACCGGUUUCCCUCCUUUGUCCAUCCCUGAGCUCAAAUCACUCAGUCUGGAGGGUAACGCCAUCACAUCUAUCCCUGUGGGGGCCUUUAAUGGGAUUCCUAACCUGGAGUGGAUCAACCUUGGCAAGAAUAAGCUGACAUCUGCCGGCAUUGCUCCAAAAGUAUUUCAAAGCCUCAAACACUUGAGCCGCUUAUACCUGGAUGGAAACCUCCUGCAGCAGGUCCCUUCAGAUCUGCCCUCCACACUGCAGGAGCUGAAGAUCAACGAAAACAAGUUGAGAGAGAUCGAACCAAAUAGCUUUCAAGAUCUGAGCAACCUUUUAACACUGGAGGUGGAGGAAAAUGUUCUCAGUGAGGGGAACGUGAGCCCCUUAGCCUUCGCCCCUCUUACACAGCUGUCCUACCUGCGGAUGGGAAGAAACCACUUCCGCACUAUCCCACAAGGCCUACCCCCCUCUCUGCUGGAACUUUAUCUUGAAAACAACCUAAUUGAAGAAAUAUCAGACUCUGUUUUCAACCAAACAACCAACCUCAAUUUGAUUUCCCUCGGACACAACAGACUUGAUGAGUCCAGGAUUGCACCGUUGGCUUGGAUCAACCACAAGAACCUGGAAUCAAUUGACCUCUCCCAUAACCGGAUGUACCUGGUGCCUUCCUACCUGCCCAGAUCCCUGGUCCACCUGGUGCUGGUGGGCAACCAGAUUGAAAGGAUCCCUGGCUACGUGUUUGCCCACAUGGAACCUGGUAUUGAGUACCUGUACUUAUCGUACAACAAGCUGGACGGGGAGGGGGUUGAACCUGAGUCGUUCUUUGGUGCCUUUGGCUCUAUGAUCGAACUGUGUCUGGACCACAACCAGCUGACCACCGUUCCCACAGGGAUCAAUGAGAUGAAGUCCCUCCACUUCCUCAGACUCAAUAGCAACAACAUCAGGAAUUUUGCAGAGGAUGCCAUCUGUGAUCCUCUCAAUGAGGAUGACUCACACAUUGUGGCAUUGCGCUUGGAGAACAACUACAUUGAUCCCCGGAAAGUCUCACCGACUGCGUUCUCCUGUGUGCGUUCAUACUCCAGUGUGGUAUUGAAACCUCAGAAAACUAAGUGACAGGGCUGUAUAUUUGUACUCUACAAAAGAUCAACCGCAACUAAAACACCAGUCUCUCACGGACCCCUGUCUGCAUUUCACCGGUAUUGUAACGUGUUAAUAUUGAUAAGAAAUAGGAUUUCCUCUAAAAAUGUCACAUUUAUGCUGCAACCACUUUUACAUGUUAGUCUUCAAUAUAGCCAGAGAUGGAUGUUGUUUGGAAAAGAAGCGUAUCUUCUUUCUGUAUACCUUCAUAUAGAGCUAAGGAGAUAAGUAUUUCUAGCAGCGAAGUAGGAGCUGUCGGUGGUGGAUAAAAGUUCAUGGAUGCCUUUCUACUGUUAUUGCUGCCUAAGAUUUGGAUGCUUCCGAUUUUUGUUGGAUGGAUCAACACAGGACUCACUAAAGGGAGAUUUCAUUGAUGCACUGAAAUGCAGAUUAAAUCCACUGAUAUAUAUAUAUACAGACAUAGCUAUCAUGCCCACAUCAGUAUUUGGUAACUAGUUUGAGGGCGCGCUUCAAAAAUACCAAUAAUGUUUGUAAAGAUGGGAAAUGAUUAGGGGUUAUGUCGAUAUGUCUACUUACCACUUGGUAUUUUGCUGGCUGAGGUUAGAUGGACAUUUACAUUUGUGCUCUUCAAAUCAGGUGCUUGUUUCAAAUAAAUGACACGCAUUGUUAAUAAAUGACCACAAAUA